AUGUCUAUUCCUCAAUCAUACAAAGCAUUUCGGCGGACUGCCGAUGGCUCGACUGUUGAGAUGACAGAGGAGAAGCUGCCAUCAUCUCUUGGGCCCACUCAAGUUUUGCUUCGCAUCUAUGCUGUCUCCCUCAAUUACAGGGAUGUUGCAAUGAUGAACGGAAAGUAUCCAGUCCAGGUAAUUGACCGAGGUAUUCCAGCCUCCGACUGUGCUGCAGAAGUUACAGCGGUUGGGUCUGGAGUGAAGGAUUUUAGUCCUGGAGAUCAUGUUGCGCCUAUUUUUGAUUUAAAUUGCAUCAACGGAACCGAGGACGCAACAAAGGUUUUAGGUGGGGAUGUUGAUGGUGUCCUACGACAGUACGCUAUUUUCGACCAAAAUGUGUUGGUUCAGUUGCCCAAGCAUCUUGCUUGGGAGGAGGCGGCCUGCAUUGUUUGCGCAGGAACAACUGCAUGGCUAGCACUUGAUAUGCCGCGAUCUAGUGGCACUGCGCUGCUUCAAGAAAAGGCACAGGCUCUAGGGGACGCAGGGGUAGUGCAAGGCAUCAAUUAUAAAACCCACCCUAACUGGGACGAGCAAGCACGAGAACUUACUGGCGGACGAGGUGUUGAUAUUGUGGUUGACAAUAUAGGCCCUACCGCUAUGAAACGGAAUCUCUCUUGCCUCGCUCGAAGAGGUUUUGUUUCUCUUGUCGGGUUUCUAGGAGGGUUCAAGACGGACGAGCGUCCUGAUGUACUUGGGCCUGUGCUACUAAAGAGCGCGACAGUAAAGGGGAUGAACCCGGGCUCAAAGUCUGACCUACAGGACCUUUGCAAGUUUCUGGAAGAAAAGGCAGUUCGACUAGGGCCUUUACUGGAUGAUACUAUCUUUUCUUUUGAUUGUUCGAAGGCUGCAUUCGACCACCUCUAUGGUGGAAAACAUAUCGGCAAGGUUGUUAUCCGAAUUUGA